GUGGAAAAGCUGUGAAGUAGCACAUUCUAGGCUUGCCUCAUCUAGCAGCCAUGGCGCAACCCCCACCAGGAUAUCCAGGAGGUGGAUAUCCACCAGGUGAAGGCCAUCCAGGUGGCAGUGGGCCUCCCACGGGCGAAGUAGGUGACAAGGGCCUCAUGAGCAACAUAAUGCAUGGCCUUGGAGGCCAGCACAACUACCCCCCAGGCUAUCCCCAACAGGGGGUGGGGGGUUACCCACCUCAAUACGGCCAAUAUGCACCCCCAGGCGGCCACCCGCCUCAAGGACAGCCUUACUAUCCUCCUCAGGGGCCAGGCUAUGGGGGAGGUUACCCGACACCAGGCAACUACCCUCCGCCGCAGCAGUCCCACGGCCCUGGCGGCCUGGGAUCAGCUCUGCUGGGCGGCGCCGGCGGCGCAGUCCUGGGAUCAAUGCUGGGAGGACAUCAUGGUGGUGGUCACCAGGGCGGAUAUGCUCCCGGGUAUGGAGGCCAGGGGUAUGGCUACGGUGGACACGGCGGCGGCAAGUAUAAACACAAGCACAAGCACAAGGGCCACGGCGGCGGAUGGGGCCACAAGAAGCACAAGUACAAGUGACGCGCGCGCAUCCGGCCAAGCUGAGAAGGCGAAGUUGCAAUAAGUGGUCUUGAGCAUUCGUUGGAUGAAGAGUGUGUUGACCUUGUGACCUGCUGUCGGUGAAUACCUGCGCUUGAGAAACUGCAGCCAUUUUGAUAUAACGAGCCCCAUGUCAAAACUGAUGGGAACACAAUUGCAUCUCUAUAGACGAGCAUCUCUAUAGACGAGCAUCGUUGUGCAGAAAUGGACGCAUGCUGAAUGGGUGACAGGGAGUGCCCAACAACUUCAUGGGGAUGUGUCCGCAGAACAGAGGAAGCAUGAAAGCCAUGAUGUGUGAUCAUGAUGGGAAUGUCUUAGAUAUUACGCAUCCCGUGGAUGGGCUUAAGAAGCUUCCUGGUGCCUGCAGUUGCAUAUGCAUGCAAUAUAGUUCUUGUACGUACUGCCGGUGUUGCGCUCUUCAUAGAUUAUGUAACGAUUAUAAUAUUGAGAC